AUGUCUGGCCAACGGUCAAUCGCCUUCGCCGGCCUCGGACGUAUCGAUGUCCAUCACCAUUGUUUCCCCAGAACUGUCCCGGAGUUGAAGUCCGAGUUUGAGGACAAUUCCUACAAUCUCAACUAUUCCCCCUUUCCCUCCACGCCACAAGAACAUAUCAAGUAUAUGGACGAAGUUGGCAUUCAGACUGCUGUGAUUACUCCGUCUAUCAAGUCCGAGUGGCACAACGGCUACACGGCCCCCAAGUUCCUCGAACUGUGCCGCUGUUUCGCUGUUCUCCCGCUGCCGCAUAUCCAGGAGAGCAUAACCUUUAUCCGCGAAGCAUCCUCCGCUCCGACACCCCCGGAUGGUUUCGCCGUGACCACCGCUAUGGGCCAGCGCUAUCUUGGUGAUCCCGCUUUUGAGCCUGUGUGGGCUGAGGUCAACAAGCUGCGAGCGGUCGUCUUCAUCCAUCCAGCGGACACGGUCAUGCCUGAGUACCUAAACUUCGGCCCGUUCGUCCAGGAAUUCCCCUUCGACACCGCCCGCGCCAUCACAAGCAUCAUCCACUCCAGUGUCCUCGUCCGCCAACCGGAUAUCCGCUUCCUCUUUUCCCACAAUGGCGGAGCGUUCCCGUACCUUGCUGACAGGAUCGGCCGUCAGCAUCUUGACAAUGUCAUCACCAAGACAAACAAGGGUCUCACAAUGCGCGAUCUCCUGGCGACGAAGAAUAUUUACUUCGACACCAGCAUCUCCUCCCCGAUGCAGUACCCUAUUAUCAAAGAUAUCGGUAUCCCGUCGAAGCGUCUGCUCUACGCAACUGACUAUCCGUACACAAAGCGCGAUGACAAUAUCACUUAUUUGGACGGCUACAAUGCGCCCAAGGAUUCCGGUCUUUAUGACGAUGCGGAGAUGGAAGGCAUUCUUCGUGAGAAUUCCCUAGAGCUGUUCCCCCGCCUUGCGAAGUUUUUCUAUCUGAUCCUAAACCCAGUAAAUGUGUUUUAA